AUGAUAAGGUUAUCUACAGUUUUAAUACCAGGCAAUAAUGUUGGACUGGAGACAAGAGUCCCAUGGCGGACAUGGAACCCAAUCAAUAACAAGAAGUAUGAGACUCUGUCCUACCUUCCUCCACUUUCUGAUGAUUCAAUUGCCAAGGAGAUUGACUACAUGAUCAAAAAGGAGUGGAUCCCGUGCCUUGAAUUCGAUGAGGUGGGGCAUGUGCAUAGAGAGAAUAGCCGGAUGCCAGGAUACUAUGAUGGGAGAUACUGGACAAUGUGGAAGCUCCCCAUGUUUGGAUGCAAUGACUCGUCUCAAGUGCUCAGUGAAAUCCAUGAAUGCAAAAAAGCAUACCCAAAUGCUUAUAUUCGGUGCUUAGCAUUUGAUAACAAGCACCAGGGUCAGUGCAUGUCCUUCAUCAUUCAAAAGCCUAACAUCACCACCACCCCCUAAGCCCUUUCACAUUUGGAUCUCUGUUGGAGAACCUAGUUUUUGCUGUCUAGUGAUGUCUUUUAUUUGUUUCCUAUUCUGUUAUGCACAUUAGAUGGGUGGAUGUCUGUUUGGUUUGCUAGUGGAGAGAUACACCUAAUGAAAUAAGCUAUAUAUGCUUGAAUUAUUAGUUCUU